CCCAACCCAUGCUUUCUCAUCUAAUACCCGUCGCUGCGAAGCACCGCGUUUCUUCGCGCGCGGCCUCUCCUGCGCUAUUUCAUUCGCUUCUCUUGACUGUCGAUUGACUUUUCCUCUUCGUGAACAAGUGCACAUACAACGUUCCAAGUGGCAUGCAUGCGAAAAUAGUCACUCCAUCGUGUUUGAACUCUCUCACCUACAGCGUCGACCUGCCUCGCAUUAUUUUCUCCUCCACCCGCUUCAUCUACUAUGUUGAUACGUUCACCGAAGAGCUUUCAUCGUUACUGAUAUUUCACUGAAUGUAUCUUCAGUCUUUCUACGCCUCUUGUUCUGUUGUUUCCUCUUUCGCCUCGUGGCAUCGCCGGCUUUUCCACUUCGUGUGGCGUCCCCAACCUCCCCACCCAUUCUUCAAGUCUUGCAGCACUACGUUCACCCCCGCGUUUUUUCAGAGUCUGUCCACCAUUAAGUUCCUUUCUAGUUGUUUCCACCUCCAUUUUUUCUGUCCUUCUGUUCCCCCAUUCCCUCACUAGCGUCUCCCCCAUGGCGCAUACCGUCGCGCGUACACCCGGCACUCGCGUCGAUUUGUGGCGUCGGCCGAGACGACGGAAGUCUUUGUCUCAGUCGACGGCUGCCUCAUUCUCCGUUUCUCCGCCCAAAGAUUCUCCUCUCGUCUUGCUGGCGUUCCCUCCUGGAAGAAGCAAUUCUCGCAUGCCUUCUGCGGAGACGAGAGCGGCGAGCUCCCGCAAACAGGUCUUGGAGUCCCCUCUCGGUCUUCUUCUUCGUCGCCACUCCAUCUCACUCUCCCCCUCUCUCCUUGGCUCUGCGUGCGUUUCGCUCUGCUCUGCCUGCGACUGUCCUGCAGAGAGAGACGGGGAGAGACGCCAAGAGAAGAAGGACGAGAACCGGAACUUCCCUGAGUCUCUCGUCCCCGGAAGCGAACCGCUCGGACGCUCGGCCCAUGCCGGUCGCUCUGCUUUGUCGUCGUGCUCCAAUCGUGGGCGUCUGGGGUGUUCUUCUCAUUCGGUAGCGGUCUGCUAUCCCUUCACUGUAAGCGGAGAACCGUUUCCAGCUUCGUCCAGUCGUGUAAGCGAUCUGUUUUCGUUUGCAUCAUUUCUGUCGGCUCGCUGUCUCCGUCAGCAGGCCUGUAGGUCACUUUCAUCUUCAGCUUCUCUGCCUUCUGCCUCUGUUCCUCUCCCUUCGACAUUUGCGCUCUCACCCCCCAUCCGCGGAGACUCAGGCGCAUGUCCCUCUGGACGAAGGGAGCACUGGAAUGCUUCUUCUCUUGGCUCUUGCUCGCCCUCGGUAGGCGCCUUCUCUCCUGCCUCUGCUUCUUCAAGCUCCUCUCUGGGCCUCCUCGCCUUCUCUCGCGCGUUCGCUAGGGUGAGAGCGACACGUGGAUUCUCCCCCCACUCGCAGGAACUGUCUCCCUUCAACACCGACUCUCGGCCUCCACUCACAGAAGCGCCAGAGACAGAAGGACCCGAGAGACCCGCAGAUGAGUGGAGAGGAGGCAGGCGCCGGUCGCGCGGGUCGCCUCAGCAGACAAAGCAGAGAGAGGACGAGGAGUUAGAGCGGGAAGCCGCCGGAGCAAGCGAAUGGCUAGGCGACCGGAAUCCGGUAUGGGGCGCCGCAGCGAAGGGCGAGGAAAGAGGUGAGAGGAGACGCCCGUGCAACGCAACAACAGAUGACGUCAAGGAUGCGUUCCCCGCUCCCUCAUCCUCUUCCAGCGUCUCUUCUGAGACCUCACGGGUCCCGGGGAAAGCGAGGAAAAAGACGAAUAAAACGCAUGCAGCCCCGUCGGUGCUUGCGGUCACGUGGACUGCCAAGGCAGCUCUGGAGGCGCGGAACGAGGUCCGCGAAACUCCGCAGGGAACCGGGGCAAAUCGGGAAGAAGAAGUGGAAGAACAAAAGGAAGAGGAGUUCGAAAAAGAGUCGCAAGAAGGAAGGACAGCAUGCAGCCGAGAGGUGACGCGAGUGCGGCUUCUCCCCGCUCCUUCUUGCCAUGGCGGUGCACGACGACGCGAGAAACUCUUUGGAGGUCAUCCCUGGGUGUUUCAGCACGAAAUUGCAAAUCUCGAAGAACUGCGACAAGUCCGAACAGGCGCACUCGUCGAAGUUGGAGAAGACGACGGCCGACUCCUCGGUGUGGGUCUCCUCAACCGCUCGGCAUCCAUCUCAGUUCGCCUUUUGCGCCACGCUCGCCUUCAAGGAAGAAGGCUUCGUCUCGCGCAGCCUCACGCGUCCUCGUUGUCCACUUCUACUCCAGAUUCCGCAAACGCACACUCUUCUUCACUUCCCUCACCUGGCGUUUCCUCGUGUUCUCCUUCUCUGCCUUCGAUUUCUGCUGCAUCUUCUUUCUCUGACAAGUCCUUCCCUGGUCUCGGUUUCCUUCUGCCGCCUACGCCCCUGCUGCCUUGCCCCAUCGCCGAGGUGGCCUCUCGCCUUCUUCGAGCGAUUCGCCGUCGGCGAGAACUGGUUCUCAGUGAAUCCACUCCUCUCUCUUCUGCGUUUUCGUCUUCUUCCUCUUAUUCCGUUUCUUCGUCUGGAUCUUCAUCAGCGGUUUCGGCGGAUGCAGAGGAGGGGCGAAACCGCUUUUCUCCGUCUGUUCUCCGGUCGCUCAAGGCGUCGUCUCGGGUGCGAGGGCGAAUGGAGGGAGAGCGGGAGAGGCCUGGAGAGCAAGGAGACUCAAAGAUGGAGACAGCUUUACAGAGAACGCUGUUCUACCGCGCGGUUGCCGGCGAAGCAGAUGGCCUCCCUGGGGUUGAAGUUGACGUUUUCGAGUCUCUCCCAGAAGGGGGGAAAACCGCUCAGACGAUCCAGCUGGUGCGACUGCUCUCCGUGUCUGCGCGGCCGCUACUGCCUCUCGUGGUCGAGGCGCUUGAGGCGCUGCCACCCUCGACAUGCCUUGCCGUUCAGAGCCUCCACUCAAACAAAGAAAAGCUUGCGCAAGGAGGAGCGGAGUUUGUAACAGAGCUCGUCAAGGGCAAAAACCCGUGUGUCUGGUUCGAACCUCUCGGCCUCCCAGUGCGGCCUCAACUUUCGACCAAUCUCCUUCUCCCCCCCUUCGCGGCGUAUUCCCCAGCUUGUCAGCAUCUCCAGAGCUUGUGCUGGAGUUUGACGGAGACACUCGCCUUGCAGGUUGCGGCUCCCCUGAGCCUUUUGAGUGUACGCGCAGGUCCUCGCGCUGUCGCUGUCGUGUCGGCUCUGUCUCGGGCGGCGCCACGCGAACAGGGACCAAAACCGGAAAGCGGGACAAAGGGCGACGGCGGUUUCUCGAGGGCACACUGUGGGGGUCGAAACGCGAAAGUGGGAGAGCGGAGGGGGGCGAAAAUCGAGAGCUUAGUCAUGCUGGAGGAGGCAGCGACGCUUGCGGACCUCGCCGAAGAAACUGCCAAACGAAAUGGGCUUUCUGAGAAGGCAUCCAUCCUCUUCCGGCUCGACAUCGAUGUGGAGUUGGAGAAAAUGGCUCGCAGUCAUCUCAAGUUCCACCUUGCAUACCUCCACUUUCCGCCGGUGAUCAAGCCGUGCCCAACGCAGCGGCAUGGCCAGUUCGGCUCAGGCUACCGUCCGUCCUUUCGAGGCGUUUGUCGCGCUCUGCGCACAAGCCUGGAUCUCUUGCAUCACAACGGCAUCCUCGUUUACUCGAUGCUCCUCUCCAAAGAAGAAAACCGGGACGUUGGAUUCGACUUGCUGCGCUCAGCCGUGCAUGCAGCUGGAAAAAAGGCAAUGCUGCUCGGUGCCUGGGGAGCCAACUUUGACCAGCGAAUCCUCCUGAGUCACGACGAUCUGUGGUACGAGCACGUUUACGCGGUGCGGGUUCAGUAAGCGACGAGCAGGGAACGUAAUGAGUGUCAUAACCGGAGAGGUGAAACGAAAAUUACGUCACGUUUCAAUGUUAAGUGGUAGUGAGUGCUGAGAUGCGGAACGCUCACGCCGCUACAUCAAAGGGGCAAUCUGUAUUUCACAGUUCCCGUUCAAUGUCGCAUCGAUAUACAAAUUUGACAAUCUAGGCCAGACUCGUUUGGCUUUUUGUCGUGUCACAAGCUUGCUUCGUAUUGUUGUUUUUUUAACUGAAUAGGAGAAACUCCCUUUCAAUGGCCAUUUGCU